CACCAGUCCUGUACCCCUGGAGGCUGAAGGCCAGAGAAGGGCCAAUGAGGGUCAAACGGGCCUGGGUCAUCCCUCCCAUCGCCGUCUCUGAGAACAGCAGGAAGAUCCCGUUCCAGCUGGUCCAGAUUAAAUCAGACAAGCUUUCAAGCAAGGUUAUCUACAGCAUCAAAGGACCAGGGGUGGAUGAGGAGCCCAAGGGAAUCUUCACCAUUGACCCUGACACGGGACUGGUCCUGCUGACCACCGUCCUUGACCGGGAAGAGAAGAGCAGUUACAAGAUCAAAGCUUAUGCCGUGGGAGAGACAGGAGCCCCACUGGAAGAUCCCACUGACCUGGAGAUCAUUGUAAUCGACCAGAAUGACAAUCGACCCACCUUUGACCAGCAGUAUUUUAUCGGACGCGUGGUCGAGGGAUCAGCUCCAGGCACGCUGGUGAUGCAAGUGGCUGCAUCCGAUGCAGACGACCCUCAGACCGACAACGCUGCUCUGGGUUACUCCAUCGUGGGUGAUGGAAGAGGGAUUUUCCGCAUUGAUCCUGUGACAGGGGAGAUCCGCACGGUCGGAGUGGGACUGGAUCGGGAGAAUAUUUCAGUGUACAACCUGACUUUGCAAGUGGCUGAUCUGGCUGGUGAAGGACUCUCCACCACUGCCAUGGCCUCGAUCUUCAUCGAUGACGUCAAUGACAAUCCCCCAGAGUUCACCCGCCCUGAGUUCACCAUGGAAGUGUUGGAGGACGUGGUGGGAGUGGACAUUGGGAAGGUGACCGUGGAUGACAAGGACCAGCCUGGGACACCCAACUGGAGAGUGAACUACACCAUCACGGCGGGCAACAACCGAGGGCUCUUCAACAUUCGGACCGAGCCGGACACCAACGCAGGCAUCCUAUUUGUUGAAAAAGAGCUGGAUUAUGAAACAAGGAACAGACACACGCUGACGGUGGAGGCCCAGAACUGGGCGGCGCUGAGCCCUGCGGCUCCCCACACCCUCCGCUCCUCCGCCAUGGUCAUCGUCACCGUCACUGAUGUGAAUGAAGCCCCACACUUUGUGGAGGACCUUCGAGUGCUGAGUGUGCCGGAAGGGUUGAGGGAGGGGAGCGUGCUGACGGUGUACACAGUGACAGACCCCGACCUCGGGCAGCGCCAGAACAUCAGUUACCGUAUCCAGUACGAUCCAGCGGACUGGCUGACCGUCGAUGUCCACAGCGGUGAGGUCAUUCUUCAGCAGAACAUCAGACGGCAGUCACCGUUCCUUCACAACCACCAGUACACGGCCUUGAUCACUGCCACUGAUGAUGGAGAACCACCGCACACAGCAACAGGAACCCUGGAGAUACACAUCACUGAGGUGAAUGAUCACGCACCAGUCUUGCACCCACGGGUGGCCUUCGUGUGCAGUCUGUCAGCAGGGACGGAUGGAAUCAUCGUUUGGGCAGACGAUGCUGACCUGGACCCUCAUGCCAAGCCCUUCCAUUUUGAGAUUAUUCCUGAAGAUUCCCAGUUUCCUCAGAAUUGGACGAUCCAGCUCCUCAAUGACACCCAUGCCAGGCUGGGAAUGCAUCGGAACAUCGAUGAAGGGACCUACAGUGUGCGGAUUCAGGUCAGUGAUUCUGGAGAGCCACGGAUGGGCCAGGAGCACAGCCUGAACGUGACGGUGUGUCACUGCAGCGGCAGAGAGGAGUGUUCGCCGGGAGUGGCAGCCAUGCUGGGGUCCCAUGUGGGGCUGAGCUUUGGGGCCUGGAUGGUGAUUCUCAGCAGUGUCCUGCUCUUACUGUUUCUCAUCCUGCUGGUGGUGGUCACAGACUGGCUUCACCGCCAACUCCAUCGCAAGGGACUCCUGGCUGCUUCCGAAGACGAUGUCCGGGACAAUAUUUUAAACUAUGAUGAACAGGGCGGAGGAGAGGAAGAUCAGGAUGCCUACAACAUUGACCAGUUGAGAAACCCAGAUGAAGUUCUACCCCAGACCCUAAGCAGAGGAAAACAACCAAUCAGAAGAGAUGCUCCCUUCACCCAGGGGCAGCCUCGCUGUCCCAGGAAGCCUCCAACUGACCCAAGUAACAUUGAGGACUUCAUCACUGAGGGACUGGAUGCAGCGGACAAUGACCCGAAUGCCCCUCCGUAUGACACAGCGCUGAUCUAUGACUACGAGGGCGAGGGCUCUCUGGCUGAGACGCUGAGCUCCAUCACCUCCCGGGCCUCAGACUCCGACCAGGAUUAUGACUACCUCAGUGACUGGGGCCCUCGCUUCAAGAAGCUGGCGGACAUGUACGGUGCUGAGUAGCCUGGAGCUUCAGACCCACCGAGAAACACAGAACCAGACCUACCGAGAAACACUGACCCACUAAGAAACACAGACCCGGGCCUACUGAGAAACACAAACCCACCAAAAACACAGACCCAAACUUAUCAAGAAAUACAGUCCCAGGCCCCACCAAUUAGCAAAGCCCCAGACCCACCAAGAAGCUGAGAAACACUUACCCACCAAGAAACACAGACCCAGAACCUGUGAAACGCAGUCCCCAGACUCCACCAAGACAUACAAACCCAGACCCCACCAAGAAACAGAGUCCCCAAACCGAACCAGGAAACACAGACACAGACACACCGGGAAACACAAACCCAGACCCACGAAAAAACACAGACCCAGACCCAAUGAGAAACACAGACCCAGACCCACCGAUAAACACAGACCCUAGACCCCAUUGCAAAACACAGAUGUAAACACAGAUGUAGACCCAGACUCACUGAGAAACACAGACCCUAGACCCCACUGCAAAACACAGCCCCCAGACCGCACUGAGAAACACAGUCCCCACAGUGCUCACCAGGGCUCCGGGAACCACUAUUUCCUCCAAAGCAAAUGUCACAUUUGACCUGGUCACUAAAUGUCUCAACGAUUCCCCUCUGUGAGCUGUGAAGGGCUGAGAACACAGGCCCUUCCUCCAGCAACAGUGUCAACGCUGGCAGCUGGUUCGUGCUGAGUGUUGUCAGCGGGCAGCUCUCUCUGUGAUCACCAGGACCACUGUGAUCGGGGGAGAGAACAGAGAGAGGGAGAGAUGGUCAGGAGAAAUGAGUGAGAGGGUAGGUGGGGAUGAGGGGGCGAGACUGACAGAUGGAGGCUGAGGGAGAGUGAAUGGUGAGGGAGUAGGAACAGCUUUAGAGGGAGAGAGAGUGAACAGGGUGUCAGACGGAUUCAGAGCAGAGAGAGAGAUUGAAAGCAUUGAAGGCUGAUGG